ACAAGCUUAUUAACGAGCUAUAGUUGUCAAUGAUUAAAUAACAGAAUUUAAUUAGUUUCUAAAAUGUCCCUCCGAUUAUGUGAGGAUACGAUAGUACCGAAGUAUAAAAAAGGAAAAUGGAUAUGGGAUGAAGACCAUGAAAAAUUCAAAUUCAUCGCUCAAGAAAAUGGGUCACCUGACUGGGCCACACCAACUCCGAAGUUAAAGUUCGGAGUCCAGUUUAAGGAUCAUCUCGACCAGAUCGAUGAGAUAAUAUUUCGAAGUAAAUUUGCACGUCCUGAAAACAGUCAUGACUCAGAUGUUAUCACUCUACAAGACAUCAAGGAUAUUGUGUUCUUCACAGCUCCAUCAAAUGCAGUUACUGGUUUAGUUGUGAACUUUUUUCACACUGAAACAAUGGAUCGGUUUCUGAAUGCUCUCAUCAUCUAUUUUGAAGAUUUUUUGAAGGUGGUCGAAUAUUUGUUGAUAAGAGCCGAUGAAACUAGUGGUCCACGGGCGAAGUUAAGGAAUGAAAAAUCUAAUCAUAUUGAUGUAAUGAUAGCAAGAUUGUUAGUACGCCGACGGCUUAUAUUAGCACGGGAGUAUAGCAAGAUUCUACUAGGAAAAUACGACAUGAAAAAGUACUAUCAUCGCGACGAAUGUGACAAUCGUUCGAAGACUAUCCGGGACAAGUCCCUUCACGAACAUUUCAUAUGUUAUUGUACCCAAAUUGUGUGGAUCGCCAUGUUCAGAAGAGCUUAUUCCGUGAUAGAUGUUGAAAUAAAUCGACUCUUACGCUCAGGACAUUUCAACGUAGCCGAAAAGCAACUUCCCAAUGUUUUGAAAUUUUCUAAAAUUCAACAGCAAAUUCUAUAUGGCCCAAAUGAUAAGCGCACCAAUUACCGAAAACAAAGAUCACCAUUAAUUGAAGAGUUGGCCAAUGUAAUGCCUGAAGAUGCUGAUGUCCUUUGGAUUGGCGAACGCAAGUACCGAGGCAAAGAUCCUCAAAUUAAAAAAUUAGAGCUCGAAUAUGUCGUGGCUGACAGUCAAUUAUCUUUUAUUGGGGUCUCACAUGGAAUUUUGGGACACCCUAAGGUUCUGUACAAUACAAUGUUGACACUUGAUUGGCAUGCCGUCCGAUCAACUGGAUUCUACAAAGAAUACGACCCGUAUAAUUUGAUAAAACAGCCACAAGUGGAUCUAUCAUAUUGGAAUAAAUUCGAUAAAUGGUAUGACCGCGAACAGCCAUUAUUCAAAUUAAUUGACGUGAAGCGCGAAGAGGAUAUUAUUACUAGACAAAAGUAUUUAUGGAAAAACCGUGACAAAAUAAUGCGUGAAACCAAUUUCUUGAGAAUCGAAGAUUUCAACAUCGUUAAGAAAUGCCAACGAGAAAUCGAGAGAGCUGAAGAGGGGAUCAAGAUUAAUCGAGAUAAGAUAGUUUCCGAUUUCUUGAAAGAAAAAGCCAAACUUCGCAAGCAAAAGAAAAGCAGUGCAGAAUUAUAAAUUCAGUAAGGUUUAUCAUUUAUUUGUUGAUAGAGCGACUAUUGUUAGAUAAAAUAUUCAAUUUUCUUUCUGGAAGAUUUAUAUUCA